AUGGACUCGACGGCAUCGAGAAUCCAGGCGCUGGGCGACCUAGAGUUGGCUGUCUUGCUCUGUCUAGUGGCCCAGCAACACUGUAUAAUAUCUGCUCCGAAUCUCCUGCUCGAUAGCCUUGCUCAAGAACUCCAACUAAUUGCCAACAAUCUCUUUGGCCUCACGUGUGCCGUGAUCAACUGUUCUGCCACAACCACUCUUGAUGACUUCAAACAAUCCGUUCUGGUCGACGUGCCUGACACUUCCGAUGAUCAUGUCGCAUCCUCUACCCACCUCAGUCUUCCCGCCUUUCAGCACGCCAGUUCUAGGCGGACUUUCUUCCGUAAUAACUCUGGUGCAAGCAAUGAACUUGAUGAGCGGAAGAUUGCCGACAUCAUCCUUGCGAAGGACCUGAAUAUGGCGAGCAGCAAUGUCCAGACUCAAGCUCUUGAGCUUAUCCGUACCAAGCGGCUCUUCAGUCAUACCGCCAUGCACGGUACAUCCAAGAACUUCCUCUUCGUCGCUUUGCAAGCCUCGGAAUCAAAGUCUAAACUUGGCUUCCAUCUCAAUGACAUGUUUGCCAUCUCACAUUAUCACUCGGAAGAAGAUGGUUUCCCAAAUCUUGAGGAACAGGACUUCCAAGAGCCAUUACAAUCAAACGAUGCUGCAUCGAUUUCAUCGGUCAUCAAACGCCCCUUUUCAUCUGACCAGGACACUCGCCAAUCUCCUGCUAUGACGCCUGACGAAGUUGAUCGAUUGCGUGCUGCCGUCGCGGAUGUUCGCGUAAGCGCUGAGGUGGCUGCUUAUCUACACAACAUAGUCAUCUUCAUGCGCUUGAACCGCUUCGUUGCAGGAGGCAUAUCUGCAUACGCUACAAGGCACUUCCGAUCUAUCGUCUAUGCUCUGGCGCCGUUGCACAACCUCACAUAUGCUCCUCCGUCAUUGGUCGCCCUGGCGGCGAGGAAAGUCUACGCACAUCGCUUACUGUUGGCCACGCCAAGCACUGAGAGAAGCAUGCAGUGGGGAAGCGAUUAUUCUGCAGUCGAACGAGUCUUGAAAAGUGUCACUGUUGAAGACGCCAUCGAGUCGGUACUGUCAAGUGUGGAAGCACCACUCUGA